AUGCACAAAUGCUCUGAAUGCGAUAAGAAAUUCGAGGUGAAACGAUAUUUGACGAAACAUUUUCAAAGGAUUCAUGGUCCCAACGCGAAACCGAAAGAAGAACCGGUGGCACAUUUGAAAUGCAGUGUUUGUGAAAAGGUUUGACAGGGAUUUCAAGUAAAUAUUUUCUGAAACGUAUUUUUUUUUUAGGAAUUUCCGAGAUUGUCGCAUUUGCAACGACAUCAGACGACGCAUUUCAAUAUUCGAGAAUUUAAAUGUGAAUUUUGUAAAGAGGAAUUUUCGCAGAAGGUUAGGGAUUUUUGAAAAUUCAAAUUUUUUCGGGUUCUGCUGAUUCUUUCAAAUGUUUUCUUUCCAGUCACAUCUAACUCGUCACAUGCUCCGAAAACAUGAAGCUGAAUAUCUUCAACAAGCCGGAACUAGCACAAUAUCUUAUACAAGUUGCCCGAAAUGUGGAUGUUUAUUCAAAACUUCUUAUGAGAUGGAGACACAUAGAACUGUAAGAAUAAUAUAUAUUUCAAAUCCCCUAAACAGAUUUUUUCUUCCAGACAACCCAUCAUCGAUUACGUUGCCAUCGCUGCAAUCAAGUAAUCCACGGCAUUGAAGAAAUGAAAAAACACGAAAUGAAAUGUCGAGAUGAAAGUGAAUUGUGCGCGGAUUGUGGAGCAACGUUCAGCAGAAUGGCUGAUUUGAGAUCGCACCAAAAUAGUUGUCGAAAAUUGAUGCAAUUCGAGUGUUUGCAUUGUCAUCAAAUGUUUCGACAAAGAAUUCAAUUUGAUCGGCAUUUUAAGAAAUUGCAUUUCAAGAAUUCGAAAUGUGGAGUAUGCGAAAUAUUGAUUGAAAAUCCAAUAAUGAAAAUAAAACAUGGAAAAGACUGUGAGAAGAAGGAGAUUUGCGGGUUUUGUGGAAUUGAGAAUCCGGGGUAUUUUCAUGUUUCAAGAAAGCAUUGGAAUCGUUUGAAAAAGCCUUCGAAGCAGCCAGAAAUUGAGAAAACAUCGGAGACUUCUAUUGAAAAUCCAAGUGAAAUAGCGGAGAAGAAUAAUUCAGAAGAACCAGAAAAAAUCGUGGAAGAUGAAGAAGAACAAGAAAAAGAAGAAGAAGAUGAUGAUUCAAUUGAUCCAUUUUUCCAUGACAUUGAAGAUUUCUCAAAAGAAAGUUUGGGAAUUGUUGAGAAGCAAACAGAAGAGGAGAUUAUGAUGGUUUUUGAGAUAUCGCCAGAGAUUGGAGCCGAGAAAUUCGAAUUCAAGGGGAAGAUUCCGACAGAACUUGUGGAGAUUUAUCCGGAAUUGGAGGAGACUGGUAAGGUUUUGGGGUUUCAGAAAGUUUUUCUGGUCUAAAAAAAUCAGAUUGCUGUGGAGCCAAAAUUCGUUCGGAUUCAAAUUCUUAUUCAAAAGUUCUGACAAAAUUUUCAGCUGAAAAGUUAUUUUAAAAUUAUUUUUAGAGUUUUCGAAACUCACUCAAUUUUUUUAAAAUUUUACCCCUACCAGAAAAUUUUUAAAAAUUUAGAUUCCUAGAUUUUUUAUUGAAUUUCAUCUCCUCCGGAACAUUACAAUUAUUUGAAUGUGUCUGUGUUUUUUCCUCAUUCCUUCCCCCCGAAAAUUCCACGAUUAUUUAUUUUUGGCUCUAACAAAAAAAUUAGAUUUAGUUAGUGUAUUCUUCUAUCAAAAAUCAAAGCGCAACAAAAAAAGUUGCAUUUCCUGAUUUAAUAGAAAAAAAAGGGGAAACACAAAAGAAUCUCGGAUUUCUUUCGUUUUUUUCCAGCUCUCGUAUUACUCGACAAUUCUGGUGGAAAAAUUCGAGUGCAAAUUCCAGUUCAACCGAAAACGCAUUUGAUGGCUGAAAAUCUGAAGGUUUGGGCUGAAAAUGUGAUUCAAAUAUAG